CGUAAAUAUUUUUAAUUUGUUAACGCAUAAAAAUAAUGUAAAUAAAAAUUGCAUGUACAAACAUUAAAAAAGUUUGGAGUAAUAAUUUACAUUCUUAUGAAGUUGCAUAAAAAAGAAAUGCAACCCGUACAUUACCAGUAAAUAAAUUUGUCAUUUCAAAUCUUAUGAAGUCACAUAAAAGAGAUCCGGAUUGUGGCAAUCAAUUCGGGUCUACCCUUCUGGGUCGUCGUCUUCAAGCAUUGUACUGAAUGAAGAAGUGCGCAGCUCACGAACGAACAAACCAAUGGAUCCACCACACCAAGCCCCCAACCAGAACAACCCGUACAUUACCAGUAACAACCCGCUGCACUUCACAAUCCAUUUGCCGCACUCCAAUGCCCAUCCAAACCCUAACCUGAAUUCCAAUUCAAUCCCAAUUCACGACCAUAACCCUAAUUCCAAUUCUCCCUCGAUCACCCAGCAAGUGAUAUCUCUCUCCAUUCCUCGGAAGCGGAGGCAAGGUCGUCCCCGUAGCACGACGGCGUCGAACCAGGCAUACACCAACAACAACAUACAAUUUAUCGGAACCCUGUCGGAAAAUCCCAAUUUUUCAACAGCCAACGGUGGACCUUAUAAUCCUACAGCUGCGACCGAGCAAAGACAAAGUGCUGCUGAUGUUUCGGACGAGAUCAUCGUUAUCAAUAAAGAUGCCACUUCCGAAGCCUUGAUUGCUCUAACAGCUGGGUUUCCAGCUGACUCCCUCACUGAUGAGGAGAUUGAUGCCGGGGUCGUUUCAAAUGUAGGUGGGAUUGAACAGGUGAAUUACAUCCUCAUCAGGAACCACAUCAUCACAAAAUGGCGGGAAAACGUGUCUACUUGGCUGACAAAGGAAAUGUUUGUAGAUAUUAUUCCAAAGCACUGUGCCACUCUAUUGGAUUCUGCAUAUAAUUAUUUGGUCUUGCGUGGGUUUAUUAACUUUGGGGUGGCACCAGUGAUUAAAGAGAGGAUUGAUUCUGACCCUAGCAAGCCAAGAGUGAUUGUGAUUGGGGCAGGACUGGCGGGCUUGUCCGCAGCAAGACAAUUGAUGUCAUUUGGUUUUAACGUUACCGUUUUGGAGGGAAGAAAGCGGGCAGGUGGGAGGGUGUAUACUAGGAAGGUUGAGGGUGGGAAUCGGGAGGCAUCUGCAGAUUUAGGAGGAAGUGUAUUGACUGGCACAUUAGGGAACCCACUUGGGAUUCUUGCAAGGCAACUCUCUUAUACACUUCACAAGGUGAGGGAUAAGUGCCCGCUCUACAGACCAGAUGGGAAACCUGUUGAUCCGGAUUUGGAUAAUAAGGUAGAGACCGAUUUCAACAGACUUUUGGACCAGGCGAGCAAGCUAAGGCAGUCAAUGGGGGAUGUCUCUCAGGAUGUGUCUCUAGGGGCUGCACUGGAGACUUUCCUCCAGAUCAAUGGUAAUGAGGUAAAUGCUGAGGAAAUGAGCCUUUUUAACUGGCAUCUUGCAAAUCUUGAGUAUGCAAAUGCAGGGCUGCUCUCUAAACUCUCACUAGCAUUUUGGGACCAAGAUGACCCCUAUGAUAUGGGAGGGGAUCAUUGCUUCUUGCCUGGCGGAAAUGGAAGGCUUGUUCAAGCUUUAAUUGAGAAUGUUCCUAUUCUCUAUGAGAAAAUUGUGCACACAAUUCGUUAUGGUAGUGACGGUGUGCAGGUUGUUGCUGGGACACAGCUCUUUGAUGGUGAUAUGGCACUGUGCACUGUUCCGCUUGGAGUUCUCAAGAAUGGGUCGAUUAAGUUUAUACCAGAGUUGCCUCAGAGGAAGCUUGAUGGAAUAAAGAGACUGGGAUUUGGUUUGUUGAAUAAGGUUGCAAUGCUUUUUUCACAUGUUUUCUGGGGUACUGAUCUCGACACAUUUGGGCAUCUGGCCGAGGAUCCCAGUCACCGUGGGGAGUUCUUUCUGUUUUAUAGCUAUGCACCUGUUGCAGGUGGUCCCCUAUUGUUAGCUCUAGUAGCUGGAGAAGCUGCUCACAGAUUUGAGAGCACGCCCCCCACUGAUUCUGUGGCACGUGUUCUUCAGAUUCUUAAAGGGAUAUUUGAACCACAAGGAAUUGAAGUGCCUGAACCCAUCCAAACGGUCUGUACAAGAUGGGGUAGUGAUCCCUUCAGCUUAGGUUCCUACUCUAAUGUUGCCGUAGGUGCAUCCGGGGAUGACUAUGAUAUUCUAGCUGAAAGCGUGGGAGAUGGUAGGCUUUUCUUUGCAGGGGAGGCCACCACAAGGCGAUACCCAGCUACUAUGCAUGGAGCUUUUCUCACUGGGCUUAGAGAAGCUGCCAAUAUUUCUCAAUAUGCUAAAGUUAGAGCAUUGAGCAUGAAAGUUGAUAAAACCCCUUGGAAGAACGCUCAUUCUUGUGCUUCUCUUCUUACCGAUCUAUUCAGGCAGCCAGAUUUAGAAUUCGGCAGCUUUUCUGUAAUCUUUGCUAGAAAAGUAACUGAUGCAAAAUCGACAGCGAUUUUAAGGGUGACGUUUAGUGGGUCGAGGAAGAAAAGUCACGAUGGGUUAAAGCCCGAUCAGCAUUCAAACAAAUUGCUCUUUCAGCAGCUUCAGUCUCAUUUUAAUCAGCAGCAAGAACUUCAUGUUUAUACAUUAUUUUCUAAGGAACAAGCAAUGGAACUGAGAGAGGUGAGAGGGGGUGAUGAUGCAAGGCUGAAUCAUCUCUGUGAGAAAUUUGGGGUGAAGCUUGUUGGGAGGAAGGGUCUGGGGCCAUCUGCAGAUGCUUUAAUAGCUUCCAUCAAGGCCGAGAGGGGAAAACGUAAACCCAGACCAAAUCUUCUUAAAUCUGGUUUAUCAACUUCAAGGGCCGCCUUGCCAAACCGGAGAGUAGUAAGAAAGGCAAAAAUAGUGCGCAGAGGUAAUGGAGUGACUGCAACACCCGCCAGAGACGCUGUCCGAAUGGAAGCAGUUAGAACACUCCAGAAUAAACCAGAAGUGACAAAUAACAACUCUGCAAGAGCAGCAAGCAAUGCCCCUAGCUGUAGUCAGAUUUCAAGUUCAAAGAGUACCCAGAAUGCGAACGGCGUUAACUAUGGAUUCUGCAACGGUAUGAGUUCUACUUCAACUUUCACCCCUUCAUUGAAUUCUUGUACUGGUAAUUUCGAUACUAUGGGUUCAGAACCAAGCAACAAAACAUGUAGCACGGGCUCGAACCCUCCGAGCCUGACCCUUGAAGAGAUUUUUGGGGACGAUAGAAGUGGCGGCGGCCCCACUCUUCCCCCAAGUAAUUGUGAUGAUAGAACACAGACAUUUAAUCUGCCUCCCAGUGUGAACUUUGAUUUCCAGUAGUUUUGAUAUAUAUUGUGAAAUUAUUUUUUUUGUUUGUUUUUAAAUAGAAGUAGACUGUGUGUAGUGUGAUUGGGAUUUGGGGUGAUUCAUUGCAAUUUUUAGAUUAAUGACACCAACCAAAUUCUACUGUUAUUUUCUGAUAUGGGAAAGGAAAUGACAUGUACUUUGUUCUUAAUGAAUGUUAAUAAUUUAU